CAAGACCAUCGAGUGACUGGCCUGCACAACUCAACCACUCCUCCUCCAUCUCAGCGCGAGACGCAAAAUGACCUUAUCAUGAUUAACAUCAUGUUGCACAUGGAAGGCGCGUUGAAAGAUGCAUCAGAAGUCUAGCGUUUACACUUUCCAUUCCUACGAGCAAGGGAUGCGAUCUUUGGCCCACCACGCUCCUUCCCUAUACCGCGGCCUUGCUCUCCUUCAAAAGCUCUUCGCGGUCUUCAACAGAAAUUCCUCACAACAAACACCUGUUGAACCGAUAUCCAUACGACUGGCCAUCGAGACUUACCAUACCACUCGCUACUUCAUAUACCAUUCGCUUUCAAUCGAUAUUAGUCAGGCACAUCACCCGUUCGCUACGCAUUGUCCCAGCUGCACAGCAUACAAUCUCUCACAGUGUGUCAAUCGCUCUCGGUACAAUCAUUCGCUCACGAUGCAACUCAGAACUGAACUCUUUAACAAGAUGCACAGAGUUGAAUGUACCAACCCAGGACAAUUGUCCCUGCCGAGCCUGCACCACUCCUGUGUCACUGCUGCUCUGCUAACAUUGUACCAGUCAACGCUCGAACAAUCGCCACAUUCCCACUUCUCGAUCUCCCAGCCGAGCUGGUACUUUGCGUUUUUGACGUACUUGCGAAGAAGGGUGACUGGUGCACUUUGACCUGUCUUGCGCUCUCCUCCCGCCUGUUGUACCACACCUUGAAAGAACGAUACCACCCAACCCCCAUUCCACUCGAGCACAACUUCUGGCGCAGCGACGGCGCAGCUUCCGCCUAUUUGCAUGGCUGCUCGUUGUUCCAGUGUCGACGGAUAAACAAUGGUUCCGUAACCUUGGCGCAACUUAUCAAAAGCUUCAUCGGUCCUAGUUGUCGGCUCCUCGACGGAGAGUUCCCUCCUGUUUUCGUCUCGAAGAAGGUGUACGGCGAUCAGGACGGCUGUGACAACAAAAUUGAGAGAGAGCUGCGUGGAAGGAGACGAGACUUCAGAAGGAUGACUCACUACCAUAAAGGAAAGGUGAGCUCGGUUAUUGUAUGUUCCACAAUCGGUCUGUACACUCCAUCUAACGUGGUCCAGAUGACGCACCUGCUGCCAAGUCCGUUUAAUAAAGGAGAAGACUGGACCGAGGAGGUCUGGGAGAGGUGUUUGGAGUUUGAAAAGUUGGGUUGGACGAAAGAUAUGGAAGGAUACUUCGGACGAAACAUCAGAGCCUGCAAUGUCGGUAAGACCUUGGCCAGAAGGAUGGGGUACAAUGCAACUCGGCGUCAGGCAUCUGGCGGUAUUCGGAAGGGGGCCGAAACAUUAUGAGGGUGACUUUUCCGCAGGAUUCUUGUCCUAAGGGGUGACUGGACGACCUGAUCAGCGAUGUUAGUUCUAGCGAAUCACCAAUCG